ACACAACUGACGGCUCUUGUCUGUACUUUCCUGUACCAAACAGACACACACAGCUCCGCCUACUGAACCGUCAAGGAAGAGGAAGUGUCACUGAAGAGAAGCGGAGAGAAGUUUCUCUUUAAGUAUUUUUGUCUUAAAGUUUUUCACUUUUUAACCAUGGCGUGUGAUGGCUUGUCUGAUGAGAGGAUAGGAAAGGCCCUGAUCAAAGAUGUAAUUGAGGAGGAACUGAAACACACAGCCUCAGACGACGUCCCGUCCCUCACCCUCUAUACUGUGGAAUUAAAGAAUGAGGAGGACAAGCUUGUGGACCAGGUGAGCACAUUGGUCCGCAAAAUUGGUGACAAAAUAAAGGAUGACGUGGAGAUCCGAGAUGAAAUAGACGGGCUUGCACGAGGUUUCAGGUGGGACAGAUUUAACUCAGUGGCAAACAAGGUGCUUGAGGAUGGGAUCACCUGGGAGAAGAUUGCUGUGCUAAUCUAUGUUGCCAGCAAGUUGGCAGUCAGAAUGGUGGAGGCUCAUAUGCCUCAGUCAGUGAUGGAGAUCCUGAAGUGCACCGUGGACUUUUUCAAAAAACAUCUCCUUUCCUGGAUUUUGCAGCGAGGAGGAUGGAUCUGCAGCUUCUCAGAGCUGGCGGUGGCGUCCAUGCAGACCGCGUCAUCCAUGAGCUCUGACAGAGGAGGCCUUGUCAUCACCUUCUUCGCCGGCAUAGCUCUCGGAGGCUUCAUCACCUGGAGACUGACCCGUUGACUCAGGGGCAGUUUGUUGGUGCAAACAUUUUCAAAGAAUUAUUUUCUACUUUUCUAAUUCUCUAGCAAUUUCUCUGUAAAACUGUAAAACUUGGGGGUGACAGCAAUGACACUAGGGCUGCCG